AUGUCUUCGCCCCAGAAGUCCCCGGCGCGCGCUGGUUCAUCCCAGACACCUCGAAUCUCCGCCGACACAAAGCGGCCGAUGACUCCAUCUGGUUCGGGCCCUAGCCCCCAAAGAGCUCAAGCUCAGCAUUCGCACCUCCCUCUAACGAUCGAAAAAGAGGAUCUGGACUUCCACGGGUAUCCAAAGUCGUGGUUAUACGACCCCGACAAGGCAAGUCUCCACAUCAAGACCUUCUACCAGGAUAUGCAAGAACGAGAGGCUGCAUAUGCCGGAAAGGGCCCCGGAAAUGGCUUUAUGCUCGCCAUUGACCAAGAUGGGGACCCCAAAUUCCACCAUCGCCAGUAUCCGAGCCCCAGUCUCAACGACCGCCCCUCAACUGGCUCGGCUUGGGUAUACCUCAUAAAGGAGAAUCCUGAUACCGACAAGCCUGAGUUUAAGCUAGUCACAACCGAUUGUAUAUCGGAGUAUAUAGUAAAGGGCUGGAAGCUGUGGGACCAUCCUGAGCGGCCGAUCGACCCACAGAAGAACGAUAUAGAUACCCGCAAUGUGGAGCGAGGCCGCGAUGUCCAAACUACCGACAGGCCAUACAAUAAUACCCUGAAACUUUUUGGCCGGGAUAUCGAGGCUUCCAAAGGCCUUGAUAGUAAGUCGGAUUGGAAGCCCGGCCAGCCUUUUGGCCCUGGGGACACGGCUAAGUCCAUCUCGAAAGUAAACGACCUCCAAACCCCAGCCCAAUCGAACGACCAAAGUGCUACGUCAUUUGGGCACUUGGGCUUUCAUCCUCGCCCGGCACAAGUCGAGAACAGAGGCGAUCCAAAGACGCUAAACGGCAUGGUCUUUACCUCGCAAGACGAUCCUAACCGCCGCCUAGAAAUUAAACUUACGCCGGAAGAAGUGGAGAAAUGGGAUCCGAAACGCCCAAUAAAAACCCUAUGUGAGGAGGUCAACUCAAAUGAUAGCCAAUCUCAGGGGCAGGGACGGGGAUGA